AUGCACACACGCGGCGCAUGCGACAAGCGACCGGCUACAAGGACAAGCGGGGAGUGCCUCGACCCGGGAGAAAGACGAGGAGCGCGAUACAACGGCGCGUCUUAAGAUGGCCGUUCGGCUAAGUCUCAGGUUGCCAGAUUUAUCGCGUUUUAUCACGGAUGCAUCGGAUACAAUAAAGUCGUAUCGGCCGCGCAACGUGCAUUUCCAGCGCUCUCUGUUGACCUCUUGUCAAAGCUUCGCAGACAAAUUCGAAAAUGGCGAACCGCACCGUGAAAGACGCUAAAUCUAUUCGCGGAACAAAUCCGCAAUAUUUAGUGGAAAAGAUUAUUAGAUCUCGGAUAUACGACUCUAAAUACUGGAAGGAAGAAUGUUUCGCCUUGACAGCGGAAUUGCUGGUAGACAAGGCGAUGGAGUUGAGAUUUGUAGGAGGAGUAUAUGGCGGCAAUGUGAAACCCACGCCAUUCCUCUGUCUCAUAUUAAAAAUGCUUCAAAUACAGCCUGAGAAAGACAUUAUAGUCGAGUUUAUAAAAAACGAAGAGUUUAAAUACGUUCGCGCGUUGGGUGCACUGUACAUGAGGUUGACCGGCUCUUCCCUGGACUGUUACAAGUAUCUCGAACCAUUAUUCAACGAUAACAGAAAGCUUAGGAUACAAAAUAAGCAGGGUGUAUUUGAACUCGUACACAUGGACGAAUUUAUCGAUCAUCUUCUCAGGGAAGAAAGAUGUUGCGAUGUUAUUUUACCAAGAAUUCAAAAGAGAUAUGUUUUAGAAGAGAAUAACGAGCUAGAGGCAAAAGUAUCGGCGUUAGAAGACGAUAUGGAUGACGGUAUCGAAUCAUCAGAGGAAGAAGAAAUUCUACCUAUUAAGGAAUCACCGCGCAAGAGACCGGACGAUCAUGAACGGGAGAGAGAUCGUCACAGGGAUAGAGACAAGAGACAUUCUCGAUCCGAAAAGAAAGCCGAAAAGGAAAAGCAGAGAUCAAGAAGCAGGGAAAGGGACAGAGACAGAGAUAGGAGGGAGCGUAAACGCAGCAGAUCACCGAAAUCUCACUCAUCGUCGCAUAAAGAUAAAGAUAGAGACAGGGACCGUCAUAGAAGAGAAAGAGAGCGAGAUCGGAGAAGAGAACGUGACAGAACUAGGCAUUAAAAUGAUAAGUACAGUCUUUUGAUCGAGUGAAUGGGAGGUGAAUAAAUUGGUGAUCCUUUUCUUAUUCUCAUCAUUGUUUGAAUGUAGUUAGCGCCGGUAUGACACAUUUACAGGAAUUCGGUAUUAAAAUCACAAUAUGUAUCCGGAAUCGAAUCCGUAUAACAUAUUCAAAUAUAUGUAUAUACAUUUUCAUAUCACUUAUGUUAUAUUACAAUUGCUCCAUUAAAUAAAAAAAUAGUGAGCAGUAUUGAUACAUAAUAGUGGACGAGUAAUAAUUAUAUGCCUGCUCUCUUAGAAACUAAUUACGAUAAUGUUUUGCUUUGGAACUCUUACACUUAAUGCAUUUCUCACGUUUCAUAACGCGUUUGGUCGUUCAAACGUUUCUAUAUCACUUUUAUAUAUUCUUAUAUUGCAAAAAAAAAAAAAGAAAA